AUGCCUUCGGCACCCUGCCAUCAUCCGACGAGAGCGAUGCCUUCGGCACCCCGUCAUCAUUUGACAAGAGAGAUGCCUUCGGCACCCUGUCAUCAUUUGACAAGAGAGAUGCCUUCGGCACCCUGUCAUCAUCUGACGAGAGCGAUGCCUUCGGCACCCCGUCAUCACCUUCGGCACCCUGCCAUCAUCCGACGAGAGCGAUGCCUUCGGCACCCCGUCAUCACUUUCGGCACCCUGCCAUCAUUCGACGAGAGCGAUGCCUUCGGCACCCCGUCAUCAUUUGACAAGCGAUGCCUUCGGCACCCUGUCAUCAUUUGA